AUGGCAGACCAUCAGUACAACUUCGAAAUCACGAUGACCUGCGGUGGCUGCUCCGGCGCUGUAGAACGCGUUCUGAAGAAGAUGAACGGCGUCAAGUCGUUUGAGGUUUCACUCGAUACGCAAAACGCAAAAGUCACGACGGAGCCAUCCGUCACCUACGAGGAAGUCCUGGCUGUCAUCAAGAAGACCGGAAAGACGGUCACUAAAGGCGAAGCAGACGGCAUCGAGAUGGCGGUUUGA